CGGGUCAACAACUUUCCCCCACUGCCUCAGUUCCUGAGAAUCAAGCCCUGCUUUUAUCAGAAUGUGGAGGAGGAGAUCCCAGCCCCGCACCGACAGCUGGUGCGCCGGGUCUACAACCUCUGGAUGUGUGAGUUACACCAAAUACAUUUCUUGAGUUACAUAGUCCUACUGUGGGAACUGGGCUGUAAUUUCAUUCCAUGCUGAGAGAAUGGCCGGGUUUGAGAGGAUCAAACCCGCAAUGUACACUACAUGUCCAAAGGUAUGUGGACACAUGCUUGUUGAACGUCUCAUUCCAGAAUCAUAGGCAUUAAUAUGGAGUUGGUCCCCCCUUUGCUGCUAUAACAGCCUCCACUCUUUUGGGAAGGCUUUCCACUAGAUAUUGAAACAUUGCUGCGGGGACUUGCUUCCAUUCAGCCACAAGAGCAUUAGUGAGGUUAGGCACUGAUGAUGGGCGAUUUGGCCAGGUUCGCAGUCGGCGUUCCAAUUCAUCCCAAAGGUGUUCGAUGGGGUUGAGGUCAGGGCUCUGUGCUGUAUGGACCUCGCUUUGUGCACAGGAGGGGCAUUGUCAUGCUGAAACAGGAAAGGGCCUUCCCCAAACUGUUGCCACAAAGUUGGAAGCACAGAAUCAUCUAGAAUGUCAAUGUAUGCUGUAGCGUUAAGAUUUCCCUUCACUGGAACUAAGGGGCCUAGCCCGAUCCAUGAAAAACAGCCCCAGACCAUUAUUCCUCCUCCACCAAACUUUAUAGUUGGCACUAUGCAUUCGGGCAGGUACCGUUAUCCUGGCAUCCGCCAAACCCAGAUUCGUCCGUCGGACUGCCAGAUGGUGAAGCGUGAUUCAUCACUCCAAAGAACGCGUUUACACUUCUCCAUUGUCCAAUGGCGACGAGCUUUACAACACUCCAGCCGACGCUUGGCAUUGCACAUGGUGAUCUUAGGCUUGUGUGUGGCUGCUCGGCCAUGGAAACCCAUUUCAUGAAGCUCAUGAACAGUUCUUGUGCGCCUCCCGAGUGGCGCAGCGGUCUAAGGCACUGCAGUGCUUGAGGCGUCACUACAGAUCCGGGUUCGAUCCCGGGCUGUGUCGCAGCCGGCCGCGACCGGGAGACCCAUGAGGCAACGCACAAUUGGCCCAGCGUCGUCUGGGUUAGGGGAGGGUUUGGCCAGCCGGGAUGUCCUUGUCCCAUCGCGCUCUAGCGACUCCUGUGGCGGGCCGGGCACAUGCACACUGACAUGGUCGCCAGUUGUACGGUGUUUCCUCCGACACAUUGGUGCGGCUGGCUUCCAGGUUAAGCGAGCAGUGUGUCAAGAAGCAGUGCGGCUUGGCAGGUACAUGUUUUGGAGGACGCAUGGCUCUCGACCUUCGCAUCUCCCAAGUCCGUACGGGAGUUGCAGCGUUGGGACAAGACUGUAACUACCAAUUGGAUAUCACGAAAAAGGGCUAACAAUUACAGUUCUUGUGCUAAUUUGUGACUGACUGACUGAUCUACAAAUAAUAAUGAGUCGUUAUUUAUGAUGACGGGUGAUUUUGUAGAUCAUCAGUCAGUCGGCAGUUGCCUGCAUUCAGUUUGAUGCUCUCGAGCGAGGCCAAUUUGUUGACAUUUUUCUUCCUGUGUCUCUCAUUCUGCAGUGUAUACAGUCACACUGUGUGUGAAUGUGGUGUCAUGCAUAGCUUGGUGGGCAGGAGGGGGAAGUGGAGCCAAUUUCGGCCUUUCCCUGCUCUGGCUUGUUCUCUUCAGUCCGUGCAGCUACACCUGCUGGUUUAGACCUCUCUACAAGGCCUUCCGGUAAGAUCUCCUCAACAAACAUCAAGCCAAACAUCCAUCAUUUUGCACUCCAAAUAUAUUUUAUUGACUGACUCCAUAUAUCUCCCUUUCUCUUUCCUAGGGCUGACAGUUCUUUCAACUUCAUGGCCUUCUUCUUCAUCUUCUUUCUCCAGUGUGUUCUCGCUCUCAUUCAGACUGUGGGCAUCUCUGGUUGGGGUGCUUGGUGAGUAGAAAUAUUUUAUUUCAUCAGUCUGAAAAGCAGACAAAGUCCUAAACAGUGCCAUCUGAAUGGCUUGUCACUUAUUUCACCUCAAUAAUAUAGAAACAUCUUCACAGUUUAGCAAUAAAGAUCACCUGUAGAUUUGUAUCAAUCACCUUCAUUUUACUCACUGUGUCAUGCUAUGAUUGGUGAAAAACUGUAAAGUUUGUAAUUCAGUGUUCAUGCCAUUAACAAAUACUAACCCCACUGCUCCACCACUCUGAGGAACCCCUAAAGUGGUUGGAUCGCGACAGUGCUGUUUUUCAGCUACAACGUGGGUUCUGCUGUAGUCAUGCUAUUCUCAGCUCUGCUCUUCACUCUAGUGACUGUGUUAAUGGGACUGGUUCUCAUCAGGGUGAGUCCAACAAACACACACCUGAAAAAUGCACGAGCACAUGGAAACACACACAAACCAGAAAAAUACACAGCCAUUUUGACAAUACACUCAUUGUAGGCAGAGAAAGAGAAUAAACUAGCAUGACUGUAUGACUGGUUGGUUUGUCUGCUCUGUUCCCAUCAGGUUCACAGGCUGUACCGUGGUGGAGGGGGCAGCUUUGAGCGUGCACAGGAAGAGUGGACCACUGGACUCUGGAAGAGCGCUCCUGUGAGAGAGGCCGGUUUCAAUGCUGUCACUGAAACUGGCCCAAGCCUACCCCAAUACCCUGCUGCUGUGCCAAGUUACCCAGACAAUGGCUCCUGG